AUGGAUGAUACAAUGGAGAAAGUGGUAUCGAAGACAAGCAAGAGGCGUCAAUCGACGGCCACCUAUGACUCUAAGCCCCAGGCCGGGGAUAUGGAGCUGCUAGGUGUCGACACUCGGGUACAAGCAGGAAUUGCGGCGCCAUUAUUCGACGCUUCAGAUAUUCGCUGUCGCUUUUAUGAGCUUGGCAAUGGUAUGAUAUACUCCAUCUACAACCCUAGCCACAAAACUAAUCCCUACCAGGCCGAUCUGGCAUCCGCCAUGCCCACAGCAGGCGGCCUCUACUUCUGGACACACUACUUCGCAUCCGAGAAAUGGAAGAACCCACUCAGUUUCCUCGUCGGAUACAGUAAUACCCUCGGCUUAAUCGGAGGCAUCUGCUCUAUUGACUAUGGAUUCGCCAACAUGCUCCUCUCAGUGAUCUCUCUCGCCCGAGAUGGCAACUGGUCCGCAACACGACCAAUAAUCUACGGCACAUACGUAGCAACAGUAGUCUCACACGGCUUCAUCGCAAUCUUCUUCGCCCGCGUCAUGCCGAAAAUCCAAUCCGCCUGUAUCUUCCUCAACAUAGCUCUAGUGCUAGCAACAGUCAUCGCCCUACCCAUCGGAAAAUCAAAUACAAAACCCCCAGUCAACCCGGGCUCUUAUGUCUUCGGCGACAUCCAAAACUCCACUGCCUGGCCAACCGGCUGGGCAUUCAUCAUGGCAUGGCUAUCGCCCAUCUGGACUAUCGGUGCGUUCGAUUCAUGCGUGCAUAUGAGCGAGGAGGCGACGCAUGCUGCGCGCGCUGUGCCAUUGGGGAUUAUCUCUUCUGCUGGAUUAUGUGGUCUUCUUGGGUUUGUUUCGUUGGCUGUUAUUGCGGCUUCGAUGGAUAGGAAUAUUGAGGGGAUUUUGAACUCGAAGUUCGGUCAGCCUAUGACUCAGAUAUACUACGACGUCCUCGGCAAGAAUGGUGCACUGGGUUUCAUGUCCGUGGUGAUGGUCGUGCAAUUCUUCAUGGGAUUGAGCAUUGUCCUAGCCGCCUCCCGCCAAAGCUGGGCCUUCUCCCGCGACAACGCCCUACCUCUGUCCUCCUUCUUCAGUAAAGUAAGCAAACGCAAAUUCACGCGCUACCAACCCGUCCGCAUGGUGUGCGGUGUAGUCAUCGCCUCAGUACUCAUCGGCCUUCUCUGCUUAAUCGACGAAGCCGCCUCAAACGCCCUAUUUUCGCUCGCCGUGGCAGGAAAUGACCUCGCCUGGCUAACGCCCAUCCUGGCGCGUCUGAUAUGGGGCGGUGAUCGCUUCAUCCCCGGUGAGUUUUAUACCGGUAAGUAUCUCAGUAAGCCUAUUGGCUGGGUUGCGGUCAUUUACAUGGUGUUUGUUAUUGUUCUUUCUAUGAUUCCUUCCGAAGGGCCUAAUCCGUCGGCGCAAACUAUGAAUUAUACGGUUGUUAUCAAUGGGAGUCUUUGGGUUGGGGCUUUGGUUUAUUACUAUCUUCAUGCGAGGAAGACGUUUAAGGGGCCUAUGACCAAUAUUAGUCCCGAGGAUGAGGGGGCUUUAGAAAAGGAUCCUAAUAGAUAG